AUGACUGAACCUAAUGCAGGAAAAGGCGACAUUUCAGAAGAAAUAUUGAAUAGGAAGAAUCUGGGAGAGAAAAAGUAUCAUUCGGAAACAUCGUUGCAGAAAUUUGGUGAAGAGAAUGAAGAGCCAGAAGCCACGAAGGAUCCUGGAGUGCUCAACACAUCGGUGACUGCGCUGUCGCUAGAGGACGCGCUAGCGCGGCGCCGGGCCGUGUCUCAGCCAGGCCCGGCGGGCGGGAGUCUGGUCACCGCCACAGCGGGCCGCACGCGGCGGCGCCCGCCUCGCAAUGUCAUGUACGCCGCUGAUCUCGAAAGAACUGACUCGACAGAGGGACCGAAGUUGAUUUUGAGUAAUAGAGAUGAUUAUUCAUUUCCUCCUACGCCAUUAGGUAAUCCACUUUCAUACAAUGGAAAUGGAAAUCUUUAUGGAAACUUUAGAAAUGGAGACAUUAAAUCUCUCAAUAGCUAUCGUAUGAACACGCCGACGGAGCUGCGUGGAGGCACCACCCCGCGCAAGCGAUCGGUCGCGACCAUGGACGCGCAAUCCCUACGCUCCGUGGAGACGCACGCGCCGCCGCCCACCAGUCCGGAGGAGAACAGUCGCCUUACCAUAAAAUACCUCAGUUUGAUGCUAAGCUGCAUGUACGCAGUAUUACUAGUCACGCUCGGUUUCAUAGUUUACAUCACCGAUCCAUUUCUAAGGCACAUGGCACCAUCGCCGAUAUAUUCUUUAGUACUCCUGGGAAUCGGGUUUCUGUAUCACGUCUACCUAAUAAUAGACAUCGCCAGAUACAAACGGGUGGCGGUUAAAAAUCAAAAAAUCAAAGGCCUCCACAAUAAAAACCUUCAAGAGUUUUUCAGAAAACAAGAGGAGGAGUUUGGCUACAGUCCUGGUGAAGGCACUCCAGGAAGCACUGCUUCUCAAUCGUUCCCCUCAGCAGCGCUGCUCCCCAUGAACCAUGACUACUGCUUCAGCCAUGGGCGGCAUUCAGGCAGCUUUUACCUGAAAUUAGGAGCAGCAGGUUUUGCACUGGGUCACCUUAUCCACUCGGUCCUUCAGAUAACAGUGCAAGUAGGCUUUCUGGUAGACGAUGAUAUCGACAACGAUGAAUGCAUAGAUUAUCCACAGUUUGCCUAUGAUAUCGCAAAUCCACUGUACUGUUUUGUACAGCUUUAUUUUAUCUUCAAAUACUCCAAUGUUCAUAUAUUAAAAGCACAGGGUUUAGCCCAUUUUGGGUUCAUGCACAUGAUCGGCAGUAGUCUGUGUUUCUGGGUGUACAACAUUGUUCGAGAAACAGUACUUGCUUUGUCGAUUUACGCCGGUAUACUAUACGGAAACAGAACAAUAGAAGAAGAACCACACGAAGAGCUUCCACCCAACCUUGAUAUAAGUGUUCUACACAACGAGAACUGCACAGGAUCGCAGGCUAUAACGUCGAUUAUCGAAAACUUUUCGCCCUAUCUUUACCCAUUCGGCGUGGAAUAUAAUAUUCUGAUUGUUGCUAUUUACUACAUCAUUUGGAGUCAUAUUGGAAUAUGUGAUAACGAAGAUUCGGACAGUAGCUCUGGCUCAGGCGAUAACCAAACAGUUUGCAAAAUACCAACAGCGAGCGAGGAGAAUGACUACACAAGUAAUAUCGUGGUUCACGCGGACUGCCAUGCCUCUAACAAGGGACUAUUCCUUGGCCUUGUACUAACUGUGUGUGUUGCUGGGUUGCUCAUACUUGGAUUUGUUUUUAGCAGCGUUGGAAAUGAAUACCUCGAAUUGGGCUACUUUAUCAACUCCUGCACAAAACUUGGACUGCACAUAAUGUUGCUCUUUGGUGUGGUGAUUGCUUUUAACCAGACAAGGAAGCUGGAUAUUAACGAACACCCUGUAUCACUCCUCGAUGACAUCCUCCUGUUCAUAUGUUUGCCGGCUUUCUUUAUGGAGACUGUAUUUUCAAUGAUUGCCACUAUCAACAUAUUGAAUGUUAUCAAAUCUAUUGACGUCAUGGUCAUGGCAGUCCAAAUCAUCAUUCAAACAACUCUCCUAGUGGAUGGACUCCGACGAUGCAGUAACAGUCGCAAGCUACGGCGAUCCAAGCCGGGCAGAGAAGUUCUCAUGUUCUUGCUCAUCGCCAACGUAGCCAUGUGGCUUAUACACACCUUCUCCUACAAAGCGCCCGACAGUCUCGACGAGAGAUACGAGUUCUACGGCAAAGUUCUGUGGAGCAUCCUCGGCCACGUCUGCUUGCCGCUCAUAAUGUUCUACAGAUUCCACUCUAGUGUUUGCUUUGCAGACAUAUGGGGUGGAGCGUAUAAACCUGGCUCAGAUCAUUAGUGACUGUUUUUGUAUAAAAUUUUGUGUGAUAUCUCGAAAAGCACAAUUAUGCAAGAGGACAUAACUAAUGUGUUUUUCAAGUACUUAUUAGUUAGUUAGUUAUGAUGCGAGAAUU